AUGGUAGCUGCUGUUGCGAGUGGAGAAUCAGGACUUGAUUCAUGGGGAGAUUUCCUCAAGAAAGAAUAUAGAAGACCAAUCUUCUUCUGUGCUUUGAUCGCUAUCGCACCUAUCGCUUAUGGAUACGAUGGUACCUACUUCACCUCUUUACUAGAAACACCUGUCUUCGUCCGACAAUUUGGUGAUAUCAUUGAUGGUGAACCCGCCAUCUCAAGUAGUGAUCAAUCGUUAUGGGUCUCAAUCAUCCAAGUUGGUGAAGUGGUUGGUUCGCUUGCUGCUGGUCCCAUCGGUGAUUACUCCGGUCGAAAAGGUGGUCUGUUGUCAGCUAUCAUCUUACUCGCUAUUGGUGUCGUCUUGCAAAUGAUCAUCGUUGGAAGUGGUGCGCUCUUGACUGUUGGUAGAUUGAUUGCUGGUGCAGGUAUUGGUAUCAUCUCCAACGCUGCUCCACUGUACCUCUCUGAAAUCCCUCCCGUAGAAAUUCGAGGUGCUUGUGUUUCAAGUUGGCAAUUGAUGUUGGCCAUUGGACAAGUUAUUGGUGCUUGUGUAGGUCUUGGUGCUCACACUUUGGAAAGCACCGCUUCAUGGAGAAUCCCUGUCGGUAUCAACCUCGUCUGGGUGGUACUUCUCUUUGGAGUCCUCUUCAUUGUACCUGAAUCACCUCGAUGGCUCUUAUACCGAGGCAAAGAAGCUAAAGCCGAAAGGGCCUUGAAGAAAAUCCACGCCGGAUCCGAUUAUCAGGAUUCUCUGGUUCAAGAACAAUUGGCCAUUUUGAAUAAAUCAAGAGAAGAGGAAGCUGAAUCUUCCAGUAGUGUUUCGAGAUGGAGUGAUCUGUGGAAAAACCCCGUCGAAAGAAGAAAGUUCAUCGCUACUGUCGGUAUCCUUGUAUCUCAACAGAUCUCAGGUGUCCAGUUCAUCUUCUCGUACACUACUACUUUCUUCACUCUUGUCGGUCUCAAGGACACUUUCAUUAUCACAAUCAUCGUCGACUGUAUUGAAGUUAUCGGUGUUAUCGCUUCCUUCUUCGUUGUUAACAGAUUCGGUCGAAGGCCUUUACUCCUCUACACUGGUGUUUUCAUGUUAUUCACUUUACUCGUAGUAGGAGCUUUGGGAGCAGUAGCAGGACAAGGAGAGAGAUUCGAGCCUUACCUCGCCGACCAUCCAUCAUUCGGUAAAGCAGUGGCAGCAAUGAUUUGUCUUUACGUCUUCGCAUUCAACGUCGCAUGGGGUCCUUUAGCUUGGGUAGUAGCCGCUGAGAUGUCAACCGGAAGAAAUAGACAAAAGCACCUGUCGAUUGGUACUGCCUUGUUCUGGGUUUCUGCUUGGGCAGUCACCUUCACUUUACCUUACUUGUUCCAACCUAAUGAAGCUGGAUUAGGGCCCAUGAUCGGUUUUGUCUACUCGCUCGGAGCUCUUGCUUCCCUUUUAUUCGUAUACUUCUUCAUCCCCGAGACCAUCGGUAGAACGCUUGAAGAGAUUAACUUCAUGAUGGAAGCUCGAAUUCCUACGAGAAAAUGGAAAGAUUUCGAUCUCGCCACAGUUGUUGCCAAAGACGAAAAGAAGGGUACAAGAGGUACCACUGAACAUGUCGAAACUGCUACCGGAGCCGGAACUGGAGUUGGCACCCGACCUGAAAAACCAAGGACAAGAAGAUUCGAAACUUCUUUUUUGAAUAACAAGAAAGCCAAUGAAGAAAUCGAUGCUGAAUCUCCCUAG